UCGGGCUGGUUGGUUUGUUCUUCCAGUCGAUUCUUCUUUUCGCGUUUUUCAGUCUUGAACAGCUAAGUUAAAGCACAAAGAUGGGUUGGACUUCCGGUUGUGUUAAGUGUUUCCUUAACACACUCAAUACCCUGAAUGCGCUUUCAGGUCUUUCCCUGAUAGCCAUCGCCACGUUAGCCCUCUCGAAAGCCCCUCUCGCGUACAUCGUGUUCCUAUAUGGACUCGGUGGCAUUAUCUUUGUGUCGGCUAUUCUCGGAUGCUGUGGAAUCUGCCAGGAGAACGUGUGCAUGACCGCAACGUAUGGUUUUCUACUGUUGGGUCAGCUGAUUAUCAGCUUGCUGGGCAUCUUCGGAUUCAGGUUUAGCGAGGAGUACAUAGAGAAGUUCGCCGCCGAGGAGGUUCAGAUGAAAUGGAACGAGGAGCUGGUGGCACCUGGCGCAAUGGAUAUUUACCAACAAGUGUAUGAGUGUUGCGGACGUGACAGCCCCGACGACUAUGUGGCCAUCGGUCGUAAAACCUUACCCUCAAGCUGUUAUCCCCAUUCAGACACUCAGAAGCUCCACUAUACCACUGGAUGUGUCCAGAAGUCCAGCCAGAACUUUGUGACGAUUUUCAACUACGCCAACGACACCAACUGGGUAGCAGUGGGCAUCACCGUUCUGAUGGUGAUUGCUGCCUUCUAUUUGGUCGGACGAUUCCGCAAGCAGCGCAUUCGCUACAGUUACUAAAUACUUUUUUUUUUUAAUAAAAUACGAUACAGAUUUAACUGGACAAAUAACGCUUUUGACACAUAAAAUAUUUGUAAUAAUUUUACUGUUCAAUAUAUUUAGAGGGUUAUUGGA